GGUCAGAGAGCCACUUCUUCGACAGGCAGCAGCUGCACGUUUCUACACUCUCACACUUCUCCAUUAACCUGCAUUUUUACCACUUGACUCACAACAUUUAGUCCUGUGGAUUCUCUAGGUUGUCAACCGCGUAUCGUCACCACUACGGAGCGUGUUUUGUUUUUUUUCUCACCGGAUUCUAGAAGUAACGGGCGGCUGAGAACCUGAGCUAGCAGGCUAGGUGGCUAACGGUUAGCUAGCGACCUGGCUAGCUGCACACGCUGAGGGGUAAGGGGUGUGCGGGGGGGAGGGCGACUCGCCUACUACUGUGUCACAACGUUUGAUGGAUCCGAGGAUCGCCUGGUUUCAACCGGAACAACGUGGACCAGCCAACAACCUGUGGAUGCAGAUUUGGGAGACGACACAAGGGCUCGGCUACUUGCAUGUGAAUAACAGCGCCGGAUCUCAGAGCACGUCGAGCCGCCUGCAAGCGCUUGUCAACGGGGCGUGUGGAGCCAGAAACGGGGCACUGAGUGACUCAAACAGGACUCCGGGGAUGUCAUCCUCAAGGGGGAAAGGGGACUUCACGGCGCAGCGGGACUUUAUACCACUGGACAUUAAUAAUAGCAACCAGAACAACCGAGGAGCCGGUGUCAGGCAGCAGGGCGGUGUCGGCGGCGGAGGGGGGCAGCAGGGCGGCGGGGUCUCCGGGCUGUGGAACGGACACCCCAACAAAAGGAAAAGAGACAACAAAGCUAGCACUUUUGGGUUCAAUUCCAGCCUCUUGAACAGUGGAUCCAACACAGGAGGCUGUGAUGGGUACUCUGGCACGCCAUGGAAAGUCAGGAACUACUCGGAGGGGAUUAUAGGGUUGCACGAGGAGGUCAGCGACUUCUUCGAGUACAUCUCUCCACGGCCGGAGGAGGAGAAGAUGAGGCUGGAGGUGGUGGACAGAAUAAAGGGAGUCAUCCACGACCUGUGGCCCAGCGCUGAGGUCCAAGUGUUUGGGAGCUUCAGCACGGGUCUUUAUCUGCCAACAAGUGACAUUGACCUGGUAGUUUUUGGGAAAUGGGAGACGCUCCCGCUGUGGACGCUGGAGGAGGCGCUCCGGAAGAGGAACGUCGCCGACGAGAACUCCAUCAAAGUGUUGGACAAGGCGACGGUUCCCAUCAUCAAGCUGACGGACUCCUUCACUGAGGUCAAAGUGGACAUCAGCUUCAACGUGAAGAGUGGCGUAAAAGCUGCCCGGCUCAUAAAGGAAUUCAAAGAGAAAUACCCCGUGCUGCCUUACCUGGUGCUGGUGCUGAAGCAGUUCCUCCUGCAGAGGGACCUGAACGAGGUUUUCACCGGAGGGAUCGGCUCCUACAGCCUCUUCCUCAUGGCUGUCAGCUUCCUGCAGCUUCACUACAGGGAGGAUGUGUGCAGUCCCAACAUCAACUUCGGCGUUCUGCUCAUCGAGUUCUUUGAGCUCUACGGUCGCCACUUCAACUAUCUGAAGACAGGCAUCCGGAUCGCUGACGGAGGCUGCUACGUGGCCAAAGACGAGGUUCAGAAGAGCAUGAUGGACAGCUACAGGCCCUCCAUGCUCUAUAUCGAGGACCCUCUGCAGCCAGAUAACGAUGUGGGUCGCAGUUCAUACGGUGCCAUGCAGGUGAAGCAGGCGUUUGACUACGCCUACGUGGUGCUCAGCCACGCCGUGUCCCCCAUCGCCAAAUACUACCCCAACAACGAGACCGAGAGCAUACUGGGUCGAAUCAUCCGAGUCACACAGGAAGUGGACGACUACAGGGAAUGGAUCCGGAAGAACUGGGGGGGCCCGUCUCAGAACGACCUGCCGCUCAACAAAAAUGACGUCAGGCAGUUUGAGUCCAAGCAGCUCGAUGAGUGCAACAACAACGUCCCGGAUGAUGAAGAUGACGACGAAGAUGAAGAUGUUGUUGUUCUACCGUCGUCGGCGCCCUGCAGCAAAACCUCCUCAAACUCCUCCUCGCCGUCCCCCUCCCUGCGCUCCUCUCCCUCCUCCCCUCUGUCGCCUUCCUCCUCCUCCAUCUCCACUUCCAGCGACGCGGACUCUGACGGGACGCCCUGUAAGACGGCGAAGCAGCAGCCGCCGCCGACCGGCCGGGGCAACAGCAAACACAGAGAAAAGUCUGCGGUCGUCAAUAACAACCGAUCACAGAGCAACAGCAACAGCACUCCAGCAGGAAGCAACAAGGGAGGAAAGGCCAGGAUGUCUCGUUCUCACCAGAAGAGCGGCAAUCACGCGCAGCAGAGCUCGACCUCCACCACCAAAAGUCAACAGAGCAUCAAGCCUCACCAGCAGGGCAACAGCAAGAAGAGGAAAAAUGUGCGGGACUCCACACAGGAAGAUCUCUGCAGAUAGGGGACACCAUGCGUCUCUGUGACUGUCCUGUCCCUCUACUUCUGCUGCAGAGUCAGCCUCCGGAGGUCGUUGGGAGAUGAACCCACAGCCAAUCUGUCGAGCUUCUUACGGGGAAGUUGGCAAGGAAAUAAAAAGAACAAAAAAAAAUAAAGAAUUGUUUUAGGAAAAGGGGGUUUCAUUUCUUGGACCUGGAUUGAAAUCGUAAGGAUAAACGCUCACACGCCUCCCUAAAGCUUCUUUUACGGAGUGGAUUUCCUUCCCACAGCCACAAAAACAUGCCUCUUGCGCCUCCUGCUGUACGGGAACACAGGAAUAAUCGACUGCGGAGCAAAACCGGCUGCUGCUGCUGCUGGCUGGAAAUACAAUGAUGUUUUUAUCCCCCAAAAAAAAGGAAAAAAUGGCUGAAAAUGUACAAAAUCAAAGAUGUGUGAGAACAGAUGUUAUAACGAUGGUUACUUACAAAUGCAAUCAGUAAGAGUGGGACAUAACUUAUGCAUGAUUUUUUUUUUUUUCCGUUGGUUGAUUUUUCUGUUAAUCUGUUUUGUUAUGUCUAAACAGAUUAUACAAAGAUUUGUAAAAAAAACUAAAAAAAACACGCAAAAAAAAUGAAUAUAUAUGAGUAAGAAGAAAAUGUUUCAUAAUACCUUUUUACAAGAUAUACCGAUGGAAGACAUGUAAACGUGCCCUUUUUUUGGCCAAAGCCAAGAUUUUGGGGGUCCCAUUGCCAACAUAUAUCAUCAGCAUUGACUUCUCUCUGUGAGUGUUCACGUACACACACAUCACUAAAGACCUCUGCACCCAUCACUAAAGACCACUGCACACAUCACACCAGUGCAGAGGAGACUACAGGUAUACAUGAACAAGAGGUGGUUUUUAUCCAGAAAUGCUACUCUUGGAGUGUGUUAUCAACUGUUGGUGUUCCUUUUGGUAAUUUACCCACUGCAAAAUCAUUUGUAUUUGUUAAAUGUAUUUAUUUUUUUAUUAAUUAUAUGAACAUAGUAUGGAGAGAUGUAUAAUUAACAUUAGAGCCCGUAUCGUUGAGGCCUAUAUUGAAGUAGGAUGAGUUGAGCGCGAGGGUGGGAUAUGUUCAGGUUCAGAAAAAUAAUCACAUUUAUUAUCAUUUCAUUUGGUUUUUUCAGUGACAGUUGAGUGACCAAGUUUCUUUUAAGACGUUAAGAGACCAUUUUAAAAGUCCAACAGUGAGGACUCUGUUUUAAUGUGUGGCUGGUCUACCUACUUUAGCAAACUGUAUUUUAUUUUCUGAAAUAUCAUAGCAACAAUCUUCAAUAUGUCCGCUCCCUCUCUCCUGUAGAUGGCGUCAUUGCUCCUACUCUGAAUCCACAGAGUUUGGAGCUUGUAUACUGCAUUUGGAUGGGUCUUUUCUGCGUGAUUUCUUUAAAUAAUGUUCUGAUUAUUCAUCUGAAUGAGCAGCACAUGUGGAGUGCAUGCUGGAGGGAGUUUCACACCAAAAGCACACCACCACCAUCCUCUUUUUGUCUCAACAGGUAGACAGCAAUAACAACAGCCUUUUCAUGAAAUACAGAAUGAUCCUCUUCAGACUCACCGCUGUUCCAUCUUCUGUGUUCAGACACUGAAGCACAUUUUGAUAACUUGCAGCCAACUGUAUGUGGUGUUGAAAAGUUGAAGGUACAAUUGAUCGCCCCCUCUUAACUCUUCCUCAUCCCUCGGUGCUACAGUGGAGGGUUUUAAAUGCAGUGUGUAAGUGCUGGAGAAUCAAGUUAGCCGUGCCAUCUGAAUGUCUACUGACCAUGUUCACUGCAGGAAGGAUUCAAACCCAACUGUACUCAUCUGAAACGUCUGCAGCUACUACAAUUCAUGCAAUAAAAACAGUACAAUUACA